AUGGCCCACCCACUUUCCAGCAUAUCGGAGAAACCCCCAUCCAGUCCAGGAUGGAAAGGUAGCGAACAACAAUUCGACGGAGAAGCUGCGCAUCAAGUCCUGUCUGCGAAUUCCACAGAGAGGAUCGAUGAACGUGUCGUUACGGAAUACCCUGAAGGGGGCUGGGAGGGCUGGAAAGUAGUACUGGGAAGCUGGAUGGCCUUGUUUGGAUCCAUGUCCUUCAUGAAUAGUAUUGGAACAUUCCAGACAUACCUCCUGCGGAACCAGCUCAGCAACCACAGUCCCGAAGCCGUGGGCUGGAUCUUUGGCGUCUACAAUGGUCUGACGUUUCUUCUUGGUAUUCAAGCGGGGCCCAUCUUCGAUGCAAGGGGUCCCCGUGGGCUGAUCUGCUGUGGAGGUGUUCUGACGGUUCUAUACCUCAUGUUGCUGGGAAUUUGUACAGAGUACUGGCAUUUCAUGCUCGUGUAUGGUGUUUUGGGAGGCAUUAGUCUCUCGCUCAUAUUUGGCCCAGCCAUUGCCAUUGUUGCCCACUACUUCGACGCCAGACGUGGACUCGCCACCGGAAUAGCAUCAUCCGGGGGCGCUGUUGGAGGUGUUGUAUUUCCCUUGAUGCUCCAGAGACUGUUUGACACAGUUGGUUUUGCUUGGGCAACCCGGAUUGCGGGGCUUGUGUGUGUUGUUACCUUUUUGCUUGCAGGAAUUCUUGUUAGUCCUCGCUUCGCCCCAAAGCAGUUAACUCUGUCGACUGUGCGUCCUGAUUUAUCUGUCUUUCGACAAGGCGGCUUGACCUUGACAAGCUUUGGCGUCUUCUUCCUUGAGUGGGGUCUGUUCAUUCCUUUUACCUAUCUCCCAUCUUAUGCACUUGAUCACGGGAGCUCGGCAGGCUUUUCUUAUAUGCUCCUCUCGUUGAUCAAUGCCGCCGGGAUAUUUGGUCGAUGGGUUCCGGGUUUCUAUGCCGAUCGGCUAGGAAGAUUUAACAUGCUCAUUAUCACUGUUCUCGGCUGUUUUCUCAGCAUCUUGUGCUUGUGGCUACCGACCAAGUCGAGCGAGCCACUAAUGGUUAUCUUUGCCUUGGUUUUUGGGUUCUUCAGUGGUAGUAACGUCAGCCUAGCUCCGUAUGCUCACCGGGACCGCAUUGGGUGGCAAAUUCAUAAAGCUUUGUAA